AUGAAAGUGAUGAAGGAAACUAAGAGAGACUUCAAAUUGCAAGGUAAAACCUGAGAGCUAGCGUGACAUUCAGUAAUCUAACAAUAAUCUAACAAAUACAGCAAUACAGAAUCCAGGUGUGAAGAGAGUCAUGUAAAUAAAUAAGCUUUGACGUGUCGAUAAAAUAGAACUUUUCACGUUUGUCAGAUAAAAGAGAAUAUUGACAUUAGGGCUCAAUAACCUUAUUUUCGUUGAAUUUUUCAGAACGGUAAUUUCAAGGGCCAAGAUCUAUUACAUAUAACUCACCGAAAAAAAGAUUUAACAAAAGGAAUCCGCGCAACCACCAUGGUUUAAACCUUUGUGUAUUCGUUGCACAUUAGGUUUCUUUGUCCGUACGUAAAUUACCCGUGAAUCGAUUGGCAAAUCAUGCAAAUUCGGAGCGAAUACUUCUAGUUCGCUGUUUAAUUAGUUUCACCUCGAUGCACUAUUUUUUGGACGGCCGAGGGCACUUAAGUAAGAGUAGAUUUCAGAGCUAGUCAAUUUCAGCUUUUUAGAGCUUGUCACAACACCCCUCAAAAUCCAGGGAUUUGAUUCUGAUCUCUUGUCGCUCAAGAGAAAUGGUGUGCCUUACUCCGUAAUCACAAAAUGAAACCUUCAAUUUAUUUAUUACGUUCAAUUUGUAUUAUUGAUAAUACACCCUGUUUCUUGUUUUGUUCUCUCAGAGAUGGAUACAACAGAGAAUCUUACAAACGCAACCCCAGAUGCACUCCAAACCGAAGAGUUUACAUCCGUAACCGAAAUUACCCCGGGAGUAACGAAUAUCGUUGCAGCGUUGUUUGUUGCUCUACAGAUGCCAGUUGCCCUUGGAGGAAACUUCAUCGUCAUUGCAAGCUUUUACACGUUUAGGGACCUGCGCACAAAGUGCAACUUUUUCAUUAUCUCUUUAGCAGUCAGCGAUAUUUUGGUUGCGUUGAUCGCCAUGCCUUUUUGGUUAACUCUCCAAAUAACCCAGAAUGUAUGGAUUUACGGUGACACGCUAAAACAAUUUUGGGACUGCAUGGACAUUCUGUGCGGAACAGCGUCUAUAAUGAACUUGACUGCGGUCAGUUUUGACCGACAGUUGGCGAUCACUUCUCCGUUUGCUUAUCCUAAAAUCUUGACGACACGGCGUGUUAUCUGUCUUAUAUUCUUUGUUUGGUGUUAUGCUGCAACCAUUUCAUGUUUGGUUCUUAUUUCAAGUGAUGAGCACGAAUGGCCGUAUCCCAAUUAUUUAUGGUUCGUAUCCGUCUUGAGUUUCUUUCUCCCUUUAGUCAUUAUGCUAGUUAUGUACGCUCGGAUUUACUUGGUAGCACGUUACCAAGCAAGGCAAAUAGGAAGAAACUACGCCACAGAUAUCAAAGCCGCAAAAACGAUUGCGGUUGUGAUAGGUGGAUUUGUUAUCUGCUGGCUCCCGUUCUUUAUAGUAGUUUUAUCUUAUGCAAAUCGCACGAAUAUUCCUCUCAGUUUCCUAAACGUAGUCAAGUGGUUGGAAUAUUUAAAUAGUUGUCUGAAUCCAGUAAUUUACACCUGUUUAAACCGCACUUAUCGUAGUGCUUUUAAAAAAUUGCUUCGUCGCUGUCGUUCGAAAAUCAAGAGGGAUCAAAGAGAACAGUCAAAGAGUAACACCAUGUCAACCAUUUCGCCCAUCGUUUCGAUAGGCGAAACACAAGCACCGUUAACUCUUGUGGAACGAGAAUGUUUUUCCAAUCCAAACGAACCCAAAAGCCCAACUGCUAGGACAAAUGACGAUGUCAGUGAAAACAUUCCUCUGAAAGUAACUGGUCCUAGCUAA